AUGGGAUGUCAAGACAUAAUCAAUGGCAUUAAGGAUGCACUGUCUAAGGCAGUGUUUUCCCCUGCGACUCUGUUGACGGGACGAGGAGGGCUGCACAUGACCGAGAUCAUUCUGUGUGUCAUCACCUUUGUCCUGGCUGCUUUUAGGGGUUCCAGCAGCCAUACCUACUGGAACUAUGCCAUGUUCACCUGGGCUUUCUGCCCCAUCAUGACCUUGAUCAUUACCUUGAUUGAGAUGUUCAAGCUUGACAUCCCACUCAAUUUGUUUUGUAUGGACUGGCCCGACUUCACCACAGGCGUGGCCAUGUCUUCAAGCCUUAUGACCCUGUCUGUUGCCAUCAUCUACGCCAACUUCUAUGCCUGCAAAAAGUGCAUCUACGCCUGGGUGGUCAGCGCGUUUGCUUUCUUGAGUGCCGUGGUCUACAUCAUCGAGGUGCUGAAGGACAAACUCUUGGACAAGAAAAAGGGCAGCUACCUGGCCGCUCUUCCUGGAUUCUGGAAGGUUUUGGAAGCCUUUGUGAGCUGUAUUAUUUUCAUAUCGCUGUCUGGUUACCAUGGGAAGCCUGCUCUGAUUAUGUGUGUGAUAGCAUAUAUCAUUCCUUUUCCCAUUAUUCCUCUAAUCAUAGCCACCAACAUUCUCAAGAAACUGAAGAGUUGUUUGCCCUUUAAUUUGGACAGGUUUGUUUUCAUAUUUCUGGUCAUCUCCAUUGUGCUGUAUGUAUUUGCUGCUAUCAUGUGGCCCAUUUUUACCUUCAGGAACAAUCCUCGUCCCAGUGAGUGUCCAGGUAGCUACUGUAUCUGGGCCAUUGAGUUCAUAGUUGCAUUCAUGACCUAUGUGAACCUCAUUCUGUUCAUAAUAGACCUUGUUUUUACCUUGUGUGGAAUCUGUGACUUUAAACGCACCUAAAAAUGUCUGGUAGCUUCCUAAUC